AUGACAAUCCUAAAUGUGACACUCAGUAAGAGAGUUUCAAAAUCAGUGCAGCAAAAACUGACAAAACUGAAAGAAGAAAUAAGCAAAUCCGAAAUUAAAGUUGGAGACUUCAAGGAUCGUCUCUCAGUAACAGCGCCAAGAUCACCACGGAAACCCGAGCUCCUGAGCCCGAGUGGGGGGCCUCCCUCUCUGACACAGAACUCGUCCCCGGGGCUCUCGUCGCUUCAGGGCCUCUUCAGGGACCUGAAGCCUUCGGACCAGCUCCCCGGAGCUAGAAGCUCCCCAAGCCCGGCUCCGCGCGAGCACCCAGCGCCCCAGCCCGCAGCCGGCAAACCCGUCACCAGGCAACAGUCGCCAGGCCCGGAAACCUUGGAGGCCUACCCCGGGCGCGAGUCCUUCCCCAUUCCCUCCGUGCUGGCCUCCGGAGUCCCGGCAGGAGCACGGCGGGUGGGGGGGGGGGGUCGCACCGUGCCCGUGGGCAGCCGCUCACCUCUUCCUCUUUCCUCCCGGGAGGGCGGUUCUGGGACUCGUUUCCCCCGCCCCCCCAAAAGCUUGCUGGUUGCUCCUGGUCAGCGUCCGCUCCCGGCCACUGCCGCCGGCUUACUCCAUAGCCUUCUCUAUUCGUGCGGCCUCAAAGACUGGAGCCGGAGGAGGGAAGGGGGAGAGAAGGGGAGGGCCUGGGGGGGAAGAGUAAGGGAGGGGGAAGAAGACCGAAACACCGGCCAGCCGCGACAUAACGUCACUUCCGUCGCGGUGUGGGGUCACGUGCCCGGGGAGGAGCUGGCGCGCGAGUUAACGGUUUUGACUCCGCGGUUCCGAAACCUUGGCAGCCAGAGUGAGCUUCCGGGCCCACGGCGGACCCGGCAGAGUUUCGCGAACUCUAGAGGUGGCUUCUGCCGGAAAAGGAAGACAGGUUGCUCUGGUCCUUUUCAAGCUACUAGGUUAUGGGAUGGUAUUAUUCACUCCCUUCAGACUCAAGUGGAAAUAAAAAGAAGGAGGUAUCAUUUAAGAACAUACAAAGACUGUUUUACUGGUUCUGAUGCUGUUGAUGUAGUUUUAAGUCAUCUUAUGCAAAAUACAUGCCUAAGUAGUACUGACAUCUCUCGUCUUAAAGGAGUUCUUCUUUGCCAAGAUCUAAUGAACUAUAAAGUGUUUGAACCCGUGGGAAUGAAGCUAUUAAAAAAUCAAAAGGAAUUAGAAUUUGAAGAUUCAAACAAUAGUCUCUACAGAUUUCUAGGCAAUAAAUCAUCAUAUAUAUUUUGUAGAAGAAAAAACAAGUCAGUAAAAGAAAUAGCCAUACCAGAAGAUAAAAUGAUUUCAACUCUAGCACAAGAGAUUGGUGAGGAAAGAAUUGAGGAAUGUGUUCAUAUAAUGAAUGGGAAUCUGGCUUUACCUCCAAAUAUCACAGUUGACAAAACUGUUCUCCUGCUUUCAAAAGAAGUGGAAAAUGUUUGGAAACAACAAACGUUGUUAUGUAUUCUGCAGGUGAUUCACCUUCCAUUCUUGGAAAAUAUUUUAGAGCCUCCAGUUAAAACACAGAAUCUUCAGUUAUGUAAAGAGGAAGAUCUCAUCUCAAACACUUGUCUAGACAGAGAGACUGUUCCAGGCUUAUGUCUACCUAAGAUUGAUAACUGGCCUAAUGUAGCAGCUGAAUGCUUGGAAUAUUUCCCUGACUAGUUAAUAGUUACAGUUAGUCAGCAGUUAGAACAAAACAGAAAUGAAGAGACAAGAUUGAAUAUAAAGAAGAUACUCUUUGAUGUCAUUGUAAAAUAUUACAGUCAAGAGAGAGGUUGCCUAUUAACUGAUGAGUAUUUUGACAUUCAUUUAGGAAUUCUCAAACUCUUAGAAAAUGAGAAAAGAACAGAAGCACUUGAAGCAACACAACUAUAUCUGAAGUUUUUGUUGCCCAACAUCAGAGAAAAAUUACAAUGGCUACCUACUUUUAUGGCUAUUGCCUCAGAACCCAAUGCCUGCAAGUUACAAAAACAGUAAUGUUACUCUUUUUUUUGCAGUGAUAACAAAAUCAUGAUCCUGAAAACUCUUGCCAAACCAGUUUUGCCAACCAAAUCAUUAUUAAAAGUACAGGCAGAGCAACUAGUCUGGUUUCUUCUGGAUUAUCAUUCUGAACUCUUCAAGGUAUCUGUAUUUUGCCUGGGUACAUUUAUUACUAAGCUUGUUGUGUCAAGAAAAAAGGCAAAUCAUUCACUUUAUAAGUAAUCUACUGAGUACCUAUAAUAUGCAAAGUUUGAAGGAAUGCUGCCUCCCCAUACCCACUAAAGAGGAGGAAGCAGACUUAAAACAGUGUUGAUAGUUGCAAGUAUAGUAAUUAAUUUCUUCACCCACUUCUGAUGUAUUAUAUGUGCCAGGCCCUGUUCCAGGUGCUUGGAAUAAGCAAGCAAAACACAAAGAUGCAUGCUCUUGAGAAGCUUAUA